AUGCUAACAGAAAACGAUGAACAAACACCGAUAGGAGAAAAGCAUGGAGAAUUGAAAGAUGAUGAUUCCCCUAUCACCCUUUUCUUACAAAAAUUAAGCUCCAAAUUACCCCAAAAAUCAAGCGUCUUUGAUCGAGUUCGUGAAGUGAUCGAUCAAAAAGAACCCUAUUACGAACCAUGGCCUGAAGAUAAGAUGAAAAUGUGCUUCUUGAUUAGAAAUAAGAAAUUAUUGCCAGGUGGAACCAAAGACAGGAAAUUUUUUACGCAAUAUUUAGGGCCAAAUUUUUGUUUUAAUCAAAUGUAUAAAAGCUGGGAAGUAACCAAAGGAUACGAUUCUUGGCGUGACAGAAAUCUAGAAUAUGAAGGUGACGAUCUUGGUUUAUCUCAAGAGCAUCUCUUAGAUUUUAAAUCAGCAUUAAGGCAAGAGUACCUUAAUAACUAUAAUUCCAGCCGGUUAUCUUCAAUAAGUGUUACAACGGAAUCAGAAUCGACAUCAUCAACCGAGUUUGUGCCACCUCUUAAUGAGUACAGAGACGACUGCACAAUAGUUUUACCUAAUGCAAAUGCAAGAGAAUUAAAAUUUGAUUUGGACUGGGUAAAAAUAGUGCAGUAG